AUGGACGAGAGGGAACAAGAUAGAAUAGCAACAAGAUUGAAAAAAACUGCAAAGAGUAGCUCCAAACGCAAAUGUUGCGGAGGUGCUGCCGAAAUUUCCGCUGCGCACAACAUUUGGGUCCUCAAGUUUCAUCAAAUGACUAGUUCUUCAGGAAAAGGUUAUGUUCUGCACACGAAGAACUUACUUGGUAUAACCAUUUCAUCUCUUCUCCCAGUGACAAGUUCUCCUAUGGCGAUUUUUUCGUCGUCCACCGCGAUCAAGUCUGCAGAGAAGUUCUCCUGGUGUUGCGCUCUGUUCUUUGCCUUCUUGCUCUUGGUGAGCUACUGCGAGUCGGAGGUAGGCGUUAGGUCGGCGAUGAGCCACGGGCGGCCGCCGUGUGAGGAGAUUUAUGUGGUCGGUGAAGGGGAGACGCUGCAUAGUAUUAGCGACAAGUGUGGUGAUCCUUUCAUUGUUGAAGAGAACCCUCAGAUCAAAGAUGACGGCGACGUUUACCCCGGAUUGGUUCUUAAGAUAACUCACUUUGUGAGAAGAAAUUGAUAUGAUCAUGUCCGCUAGACAGCUAAUAUAUAUAUAUGUUUGAAGGCAGUCUAGUUGUGAUUUGUAUAGUUUUUCAUUGUGAAUCUUAUUGCGAGCGUUUCAUUGAGUGGAUUAGUUACAAGGAAAAGUGGUGUACAUAUACACUUCUGAAUGAUAUUUGGAAAGUUUGUGCCCAUGACAGAAUUUAUUAGCGUAUGCACAAUCUCACGGUUGUAGAUUUUAUUGUACU